AUGUCUUCUCGAAAAGGAAGUGUAUCUGGCCAUGUUGAGUAUUCACCUGGCAAAGAUGAUGAUGUUGUUCAUUUGGCUAGCCAGAUGCCAACCUGUUUGGUAAAUUUGUCACUCGAGCAGACAGAGCAAAUGGAAAAGAAGCUUGUCCGCAAGAUCGACAUGAGGCUUCUCAUCAUGAUCGUGGUGAUGUACAUCUUAAACUACUUGGAUCGCAACAACAUCGCAUCAGCAAAACUGGCGGGCCUCGAGGAAGAUCUCAACCUGAAAGGCGAACAGUACCAGACCUCGGUCAGCAUCCUCUUUGUUGGGUAUCUUCUCAUGCAAGUACCGUCUAACAUGAUUCUCAACAAAUUUGGCAAGCCAUCGAUAUAUCUUCCGGGCUGUAUGUUGGCGUGGGGGAUAUUAUCAACAUGCACCGCUGCCACCAAGAGCUACGGAGGUCUACUUGCUUGCCGAUUCAUUCUCGGUUUUGUUGAAGCGGCUUAUUUUCCUGGCUGUCUCUACCUACUGUCGGCUUGGUACACACGCAAAGAACUCGUUAAAAGAACAGCAUUUCUGUACUCCGGGUCUUUGAUCUCAGGUGCUUUUUCUGGACUUAUUGCCGCAGGAAUUACCAAUGGCCUGAGUGGUGCACGUGGAAUCUCUGCAUGGAGGUGGCUUUUCAUCAUUGAAGGCGCCAUCACAAUUUUUGUUGCUUUCAUCUCCAUCUUUAUAAUCCCAGAUCUGCCACGUACAACAUCCUGGUUGACUGAGGACGAAAAGGCUCUUGCUGCUUGGCGUCAGACGGAAGACAUCGGCGAGGAUGACUGGGUUGACAGUGAGCAGCAGUCCAUGUUCCACGGAGCAAAGCUUGCUUUUAAGUGGGCACUACUUCCGAUCCUAAUAUUGUUUAGAUGCUUUACUCACAUUGCAAAUAGGGAUUACAAAGUGUGGCUUCUUCUCGGGACAGUUUACGGAUGUACUGCGUCCGGUGCUGUGACAACCUUUUUCCCAAUUGUAAUGUCGGGCCUUGGCAAAGACAGCGUCACGACCUUACUUCUCACAACUCCGCCCUAUCUGAUAGGAACAAUCGUUGUUCUCAUUGCCGCGUGGCACGCCGACAAGACGGGAGAGCGCUACCUGCAUAUUGCACUUCCGCCCAUCCUGGCAAUUGCGUGUUUCAUAAUCGCAGUGACGACCACAUCGUUCGCACCACGAUAUGUUGCAAUGUGUAUCAUGAUUGGCGGAAUCUAUUCAAGCUACGUUGUAGUGCUUGGGUAUAUAUCGAACAUCCUGCCACGCCCUGCAACGAAGCGCGCUGCAGCCCUGGCAUUGAUCAACUGCUUAAGCAAUGUAUGCCAAGUCUAUACGCCUUAUUUAUACCCUAACUCUGCGGCACCUCAAUACACUACAGCGUUUUCUUACAAUAUUGCCAUGUCAGCCCUGACAAUCAUUUUUGGAACUAUACUCAGGAUCGUCUUAGGUCGAUUGAACAAGAAGCUGGAUGAAGAGGAGGGUACGAACAUUGGGCCUUCUGCUCCGGUGCAGGGGAAUGAAGAAAAUGGACUUCCAGGGCAGGCAGUCACCCAGGGUUUCAGGUUCUUGCUUUAA